AUGAGCGCCAACAAAAUCUUUCUUCGCUAUUAUCCACCAGGUUUAGCGUUGAAUUAUCGAUCUGCAGAUGGCAGCGAGCGGAUUCGACACUUUGAUCUGCUCGACUUGGAUGCCAAAACAAAUGUGGAAGCACUGGCAGAUAGCAUUCUUCUCCAGGAACUCCAGGCUGCAGAUUCGGAACGCAAUCUGGACCAUCUUUCGGAGGACAAUCCAACUCCCUGCCUGUCCAGCAGCUCCAAGGCUUCCAGCUCCCAAGACACGUUCAGCGCUUUGAAACAGGCAAUUGGCAAGCUUCAGAGUAAGCUGCGAGAACCAGUUAAAAAGAAGUUUUAUCUGCAUAAAUGCUACAAUUCGCACAUUUUGCCGCUGACGAACGUGUGUUUCGAUCGCAGCGGGGAACAUUGCUUGACGGGCAGCUACGAUCGCACCUGCCAUGUGAUUAAUACCAACACCGCCGAGGUGCAACACAUUCUCACCGGACAUGACAAUGUGGUCUUCUCAGUUGGCUUUAAUACGCCACGUUGGUAAGUGUCAAAAGAGUGAAUCACUUCUUCUGGAAUUAUGAGUUAUUCAUUGCACUUCAGCGACAAAAUUGUGACGGGAUCCUUCGAUGGCACCGCCAAGAUCUGGUCAGUCAGCAGCGGUCAGUGCCUGAGCACGUUGUACGGUCACACAGCUGAAGUGGUAGCUGCUGAGUUUCAUCCGUUACACGAUCAGGCGGUUGCGACGGCCUCCAUUGAUGGCAAGGCACGCAUCUUUGAUACAGAAACCGCACAGGAGCUGCAGCAGCUUUCUUACCAUGGAGCCGAGGUGAUAACCACACGAUAUUCUCGCGAUGGCCAAUUGCUGUUGACGGGAUCCUUUGACCACACGGCUCGCAUUUGGGAUGUGCGAACAAAGAGUUGCUGCCAUCAGUUGCGGGGACACACUGCCGAGCUGUCCAACUGUGUGUGGAGUUUUGGCGGCUCGUUGAUUGCAACUGGCAGCCUGGACCGCACCGCACGUGUCUGGGAUAUGCGUCGCUUGGACCAGGAGCUGCAUUUGGUGUCCACGCACAGCGACGAGGUGCUCGACGUGACCUUCGAUGCAGCUGGCAAAUUGCUAGCCACCUGCAGCAGCGAUUGCACAGCGCGUGUUUGGAGCCUGGAGCCACUAGAGAUGCUCUCGCUAAUGGCCGGCCACAGUGAUGAGGUGAACAAGGUCUGCUUCAGUCCCAGCGGUUGCAUGUUGCUCACCGCCUCCGCCGACAACACGGCUCGCCUGUGGCUCACCGAGACGGGGCAGUGCUCCCAGGUGCUGGCCGGCCAUGAGUCUGAGGUAUUCAGUUGUGCCUACAGUUAUGCGGGCGAUGCUAUUUUAACUGCAUCCAAGGACAAUACCUGUCGCGUCUGGAGGUGAUACGACUGGUACACGGUGCAGCUAAAUGACUGAAUAAAUUUAAACAAUUCUCAGCUUUUGGGUUCUUUUUUUGUUUUUUUUUUUUUAUCAACAUUUACUACAAACUCGGGCGUUAUUUUUUUGUUUUGUUUUGUUUUUUGCUUUAAGUUUCUUAAUAUUUCAUCCUGCUCACUUCUUACAAAUUAAUAGUUUUUGUUUUCCAUUACAGUUUUUGUUUUGUUGUUUUUUGUUUAAAUCGGAUAUCUCAUAUACAUAUAUAAAAAUAAUGAACAAAAAUGAUUCUUCAGUAACAAACAUUAUACAGCUUACAAAAAUCCGCUUCGUUUCGGAAUCAAUAUUAAUACACAGUUUGAAAAUCAAAUAAAAAAUCAUCUCUAGUACAGA